GUUGUGAUCAAUCCUAAAAUAUGAUGGCUAUUUGUAUAUAUACUUGACAUGCCCAUCUCACUUUCUACGCAAAUUUAAUUGGCAUCAGCGCAGCACCAAACUAACCAGUUCAAGAUGUUAGCCUUGUCUCCUCCUUUGUUUUCAACCAUUGGAUGGUCCUUAGAUCAAGAUUCUAUUAGCCAUGAGAACCACAACUACUUCUACAGCAAGGACAUUACUACGACUAAUGAUGAUCAAACUGCAGACUCAUUCCUUCAUUUACUUCCAUCUCAUCACCCAAAAGUUGACCUUGAUCGUUCCACACCAUCCAUAACUGUCACCGGCGACUACUCCAGCGUUUGUCCCAUGGCAAAGAAACUUAACCAUAAUGCUAGUGAGCGUGAUCGUCGCAAGAAAAUCAAUAACUUGUAUGCCUCAUUGCGUUCACUCCUUCCUGCAGAUCAAACGAAAAAACUAAGCAUUCCGAAUACAAUUUCGCAUGCACUGAAAUACAUACCGGAGCUCCAAAAGCAAGUGGAGGGACUGAACCGAAAGAGGGAAGAACUCUUAUCAAGAGCUUCUAAGCAAGAAGAUGCAAUGCAUAAGGAGAAAAAAAUAAAGAGCACAGCUCGGAGUUCACAAUCUGCAGUUUCAACCUACCGUCUUAACGAUAGAGAAGUAGCAAUUCAAAUAUCUACCUUUAAGACCCACAACAAUCUAUUAUUUGAGAUCUUACAACAUCUGGAGGAAGAGGGGCUUCAACUAGAAAAUGCUUCUUUCUUUGAGUCCUAUGGAGGCAGGGUUUUCUAUAAUUUACAUCUUCAGGUGGACAGAACAUACAGAUUAGAGCGUGAGAAUUUAAGCGAGAAGCUUAUGUCCUUCUAUGCAUGACAAAAGGAAAGAGCUAUUCCCAUAAGAAUUUUGAAGACUAGUACUCUUAACCAUGAGAGCAUGUAACAUACUCAAGUAAACUUCAGAGAGUGCCCAUGUAAAAAACGAAUCUUUCUGAAUAAUAGCCAUGUACAAAAAUAUUGAGAGAAAAUUUGUUAAGUGCUACGCCUUUGAGGGACAGUUUAACUCUAUAAGAACUUUGUAUCCCUGUAUGAUAAAAAGAAGGGUGCUUGGUAGUGAAGGUCCUUGAACUAUAUCCCAUGUUUAAUUUCAUC